AUGUCUCCUCUCCACCAGUCAGCGCCCGAUGGCAGGAUCAAGAAAAGGGAUGUUGGAGCGAGUAAUCUUUUGCUUGGUGCUAGCUUGAAUAUGUUCGAAGUCACCACACUAGGACAGCCGCUGGAGGUCAUCAAGACCACAAUGGCCGCCAAUCGAUCGGAUUCAUUCAUCACAGCCCUCAGACGCGUCUGGUCGCGGGGAGGAGUUGCCGGUUAUUACCAAGGUCUCAUCCCAUGGGCCUGGAUUGAAGCCUCCACGAAAGGCGCGGUUCUGCUCUUUGUAGCCUCCGAAGUCGAGUAUCACGCACGGACAGCCGGGGCCUCCGAGUUUCUGUCCGGCAUCGCAGGAGGCAUGGUCGGUGGUGCGGCCCAGGCAUACGCAACGGUCGGGUUCUGUACCUGUAUGAAGACAGCGGAGAUUACUCGCCAGAAGCAAGCGGCAGCGGGGCUGAAACCACCGGGCGCUCUGGAGACAUUUGUCACGAUGUUUCGGACGGAGGGAUUGCGAGGAAUUAACAAAGGAGUCAAUGCCGUAGCCAUUCGGCAGGUCACCAAUUGGGGAUCUCGGUUCGGCUUCUCACGACUGGUUGAAGACGCGAUCCGCAAAGCCACAAACAAAGGGCGCGAGGAACGACUCGGCGUGGUUGAGAAGAUAUUGGCUUCGGGCGUUGGAGGUGCUCUGGCGAGCUGGAACCAACCCAUCGAGGUGAUUCGGGUAGAGAUGCAGAGCCUAAAGGCUGAUCCCAAUCGUCCCACCAAGCUCAGUAUUGGGAGCACGUUCCGGUAUAUCUAUGCGCAAAGUGGGAUACGGGGUCUAUACCGCGGAGUCACGCCACGCAUCGGUCUAGGAAUCUGGCAGACCGUGUGCAUGGUGGCCCUUGGAGACGUGUAA